AUGCACCCCAGUGCUGUCACUGUGGCUGGCGCGGAUGCCACUCCCCUCGCUGCCCCUUCCGCUGAGCACACAAUUAUUACGUUUUUACUCCCUUUGCUCAUAAUUGCUCUCAUCAUCGCUCAUCCACCCCGUGUUAUCAUUCGGCUGUUCGAUCGCAUCUGUUUUGUCGUCUUCUAUGUACACCCAUAA